UUGCCUGCUACGUCACCAACCCCCGCCCGCCUCGUGCCAAAGCGACUCGGAGUUCUGUUGCCUUGUCAGUGGCACGAGACUCGCGGCACCCGGUUUCAGAUGCCAAACCUGCUGAAGUUUGCCCUGAGCUUCGUCCUGUUCAAAACGGACUUUCUCUCGCUGGGCAGUGACGACCUGCACGCCGGUGCCACGUUCAAAAAGCGCCUCGAAGCGCUUGAAUGGCCCAAACAGACAGAGAUGAGCUGGGCUGAGGAGGACUGGACAGUGGGACUGCCUGGACGGGUCCUUCAGAAGGUGAAGGAGCUCCAAAUCCACAAGGAGCGGCUGUCCAGAGAGAACAAGCAGAAGCAGCUUCAGCUGGACAACAUCCAUACCAGCCUUGAAAAACAGACUGGGAAGUAUGAGGAGGUCCGUGGGGAGCUGCAGGCUGUUCAGAGAGAGCUUCAGAGUGUCCGGGAAGAGGCCAAGGCGGCCGUGACCAGCAGGGAGCGGCUGAACCAGGACCUCCACACCAGGCAGGCCCAAAUAUGCUCUUUGGAGGGCCAGUUAGAUUCUGCUCGUACCUUGAACAACAAGCUCACCCAGGAAGUCAAAAGGCUGGAGGCUGAGCUGGAGAAGCUGCAGAACAGCAGCAGGUCGGCUGACACCACUCUGUUUUCCACACCCUGCUGGAGUUCAACAUCACCCUGGGAGCCCAGUGGGAGCCGACAGGAAGAAAGGUCUGGCCAUCGAGAUGAAAGGCAAAGUCGAGAGCUUCAUAUCCGACGACUUCAGUUCUCAGACAUGCCCACAGCUUCAGUGCCACGACAACAACACAAGAGCACAACCCACCGCCACCCAUCCGACCAUUCAGAUACCUUUUCCACACCCUCGUCUGUGUUUCCUUGGGAACGUGAUGAUUCAAAACCAGCAUCUAGGAGACGACUGCCUCCCUCUCCCCAGACGCCUGGCCCUGAUGCCACAAAUCAAGACCCACAGGAGCCCGUGGUUGGAGAGAAGGAGAAGGUCUGCAAAACGGAGGCCGAAGUGUGUCCACCAGUACAUUCACCAGAAAUACAGAGCCGUGUCUUAAUUCUGGAAGACCAGCUUUCUGAGACGGUCAGGACACUGAAGUCAAUUCAGAGUGAGAUGGUGCAGACGAAGAAGGAGCUCGCUGCCAAAGAGCUGGGCCUGCAGAGAGCCCGUGAUGAGCUUAGCUCGGCACACACUCGCAUGGCCCAGGAGAGUGAACGGGCGUCUGGAGCCGAACAGAGACUUAAGCAGCUGCAAGAGGAGCUCAAGUGCCAGAGGCAAAAUGCAGAGAGCUGUCGAUUGCAACACCUACAACGCACCAAAGACUUGGAGAAACAGCACCAGAGGGAUCUGACAGAGCUUCAGAAGGAGAGGCAGUGCUCGGACAAGCAGCACCAGCAGGAGGUCAAUAAGCUUAAUCAGGAGCUCCAGCAGGCUAGGACGCUCCACAAUGCCCUUCAAGCACAGGCCGAUAAGCUGUCUCUGCAGAAGCAAGCGUUAAGCAAAGACUUGGACUCUGUUAAAGAGAAACUGAAGUGGACAGAGGAACAGCUGAAGGAGAGCCAGAAGAAGGAGGGGCAGACACAGGCUAAACUGACGGAAGCAGUGCGAGAGGCGGAGGGUGUGGCAGUAAGCCUCGAGCAGAGCAGGAAGAGAGAGAGAGCCCUGGAGGAGGAGGGGAGGAGACUGUUGGAGGAACAAGCUGACACCCUGCGUCAAAUCAAAGAACUGCAGAAUGAAAAAUCUGUCUUGGUGGCCCCUCCACAGCCUGUCCAGUUUUGCCCCGUGGCUCAAUCUUUCCCACUUCAUUCUUCUUCCACUCCUUCUCCGCGACCACCGGCCAGUAGUAAGAGGUCUUUAACUACCCAAGCUGAGCAGAACAGGGAACAGGAAGGUUUCGAUGGGAGACGCCCAGAGGUUACAGCAUCGUAUCCCACUGAUAGAGAGCCAGGAGAAGGAAUUGAUGCUGAGCACAUCACUGUCAUCACCAACUCUGAAUCUUUACCAAGAGUUGGACAGACAAGCAGUUGCGACGUGUCUCAGAAAAACAGAGGAGAAGAUAUAAAAGCCGACAUAUCUGGCACGCCCAUCACCAGCGCUGUGGAUGGCUGUGGAUCAGCAGGUUCUGAGCUUUCAUCUCUGCCACAAAGUUUGACGCUCUCUGCUGGACAGGCCCCUCUAAAAUCCGAACAGAACAUCUCUUCUGAAGAUCUCAAGAGGGAGAAUAACCAGCUGCGUUCAGAGAUUUGUGAUGUACGCGAGGAGCUCCAGAGGCGGCUGGACGACCUUGAAACGCAGCGAAGGGCUGAGGCAGAAGCAAGAACCCGCCUGAAGCUGCUCAGCCGCAAAAAUGCCAGCCAGGCAGUGGAGAGGGAGGAGAGAGACCGGGAAUUAAAGGCACAACUGGAGAAUGAAAAGGCUGAGACAGAGAGGCUGAGGAAGACCAUCACUGCUUUGGAGGCAGAGAUUAGGAGAGGAAGGGAGGAGGAGAAAAACACAGCACAAGAUGAUAAAGAGAGUGAAAUGAUAGAAUUUAAUAUCCAGCUAAAGAAUCAACUGGCAGAAGUGAAAGCCCAGCUGGCCUUAGAGAGAGAAGAACGAAAGAGAGAGGAAGAGGACAGAAACCUAAUUAUAAGCAGAGAUGCUGACGUGAAGAAGGAGAUGAGCAUGAAACUGGCAGAGCUUAAAGCUGAGAUGGAGGACUUCAAGCACGGAGGUCAAGAGUGGGCAGAAGAGGAGAAGCUCUCAGCCGCUAACAGCCCCCUGACAUAUCUGACUCUGCAUGACAAUGAAUUAAACUCCACCGACGUUUACAGUGACAACAAACUCCUGCCUUCACCAGAGCAGCACCUCCUCUUCUGUCAGUCCACUAACAAACUCAACAUGCUGAUGUCCACAGCAGCACCGGACAUCAUCCAGGAGGAGCAAACGAUGAUGGGUGAGCAGUCUCCUCUGCUCCACGAUGCUCACACUGCUUCCGAAGACACUCAACAGAACAAAUAUGGACGCUCUUCCGUGUCCGACCGCCAAAUUAGUGAACUUCCCACCUCUGAUUUGGCUAAAGAAGUGGAGCACCUGCAGAGGGAAUGUUCAAAGGAAGCCGAGCGUGCAAACCAGUACCAGGCCAAACUGGAGGCACUACAGUGCCAGGUGACACGGCAGACGCAGCAGCUAACCAUGGCCUUUGAGAACCAGAGUCAGCACAUCUCAGGCCUUCUGACCGAGCUGCAGGAGAAGGAGAGGGCCCUCCAGUGCCAGGCAGAAGAAGUGCUGCGAUACAAGCAGGAGCUGGAGGCAUUAAAGACUGAAAACCACAAAGAGGGGAAGACGACAGUCAAAGACGGGGAGGAAGUGGGAUCAGGAAAGGAGAGCUUAACUGAAACCUCAAAACAAGAAAAAGAGUGUGCGGUCUCCUUUCCCACUGAGAUUUCAGAUAAUGACUGUCAAAUUGAGGGCAAGACAAAAGUAACAAAGAUUGAGAUAUAUGAUGCUGAAACAGCAGCUGCUACUGACAGCGGUGAAACAGUUAUAUCUGAAAGCUCUGUGGACUCGAAUACCUCUUACUGGCACUCUGACUCUGCCAUAGAGGUGACGGAGAGUCCGUGUGGUCAAAAUGGAGGUGCAGCAGAUAUUGUUACAGAACGCUGUGCUCUGAAAGGGGAGAAUCAGCAGCUAAUAGACAGAACAACGGGUGUGACUGCCUCACACAGCAGGAACCCAACGUUACAAACGGAUAGUGAGAACCAGGAAGCUCUAAGCACUCCUUCAUGCGCAGAGCAGGAGACACGAGUGAUGCCAAAUGAUGCCAGGACUCAGGGACAGGAGUCCUUACAGGAGAAUGAAGACAGAAGUGAAAAUUUAGGGGGGGAAGAAAGGAGGUCCAAGAGUGACGAAGACCUGGAUGAAGAGUCUGAUGCCCUGGUCGACCUCCUACACCAACAGGUAGAGGCUUUGCAGAUGAAGGUGCGGUCUCUCUCUGAGGAGACCCAGCAGCAGGCUCAGGAGAUUGCUAUGUGGCGUCUGGCCUCCCAACCGGCCCCCACAACCCCGGAGCAGAUGACUGCUGCCACCCUUUCAUCAGAUGAGCUGCCUGACAUCCAAACUGGGACCACAGGCCACACUCAGCCGCCUGUGAGGUCCGCUCAGAAAACCCAGGACAGCAUCACUGUUGUCAGAGAGGAUGAGUUGUUCAUCUGCUGUUCCUCCAGCAAACUGCAGGGUCGCAUGUUGUUAUCCAGGUUGCAGAGCAGUAACCCUCCUGAAGCAGAGAGCCCUAAUUCCUCUGAAAAGACGACCAAAAUGCAGGAAAGCAGGCAAAAUGCUGCUGAGAUCAACCAGAAAUCCGAAAAGCCAGAAUCUUUUCCAUGCCAGUGCAAAUCCAAGAGAGAGACUAAAGACGUUGCCAAAGAUCCCCUCAAACCCUCGGGACCAAACCAUGCCAAAGCGGCCGAAUUUUACUCAGAGGAGCCAGAGGCCAAGCCAAAUUCUUUCAUGUUAAACAGCGAGAUAAACGCCAGUGACACCGCAGACCAAGAUGAGAAGACGGAAAUGAGAUGUGUCAGCACUCAGACAGAAGACAGUCUGUAUCCUCAUAGGGCUCCAACCAAACAGACUGAGGAGGAAGAGGGGGCUGAAGAGGAGCUGGUGGAGUCUCCACCCGUCUCUCCCAUCCCAGUUUCUGACAAGGUGGAGUCAGGUGACAGGAUGCUGUUUUCUGGAUCUUUUCCCAUCCCGGCCGACCCGGCUCGCCUGGCAGAAAGAAUCCGCCGCAACAGGACGCAGUUGUCAGCCGCCUACGAUGACACAGAAUACGAACCAUACGGCCUGCCAGAAGUUGUCAUGAAAGGUUUUGCCGACAUCCCCAGUGAAAGACCGGCAAAAGGAGGAGGAGGAGACAGAUUAAAGAAUGGCAACAGGCGGCAUCAUAUAUCGUGGAAGGAACCGAUCAGGGUGGGUGGCUUCAUGGUGGACCUGAUUGAUGACCGAUUGCUGCGGCAAAGAGACGUGAAGGUGCUGAGCAUCUGAAAGCCAGGGCACUGCCACAACCAGCUGUAGGCAGACUGUACUUUGGCACGUGUGCCUGCAGGUAACUGGGCCUGCACAGACAGAACAAUGGCCUCCACUGUGGAUCUUGAAUGUUCUAAUUGUCACCAUUUAAUCCUCAAAUUGCCGUGUGGAUACCCUGCUGUCCAUCACAAGCUGCCACUUUACGCUCACCUGCAUAUUAAGGUACGAAUGUGGUGAUUUGGUGAUUAUGCUUAGCGUUUUAUGAACCACUUAUCAAAAGGGGCCAGUUUGUUUUCAGUAACUCUGAACUAACCCACAGGCCUGACCUCAGCUUACUUUGAAUCAAACUGUGCCUCGCUGGUGUUUUUCUAAACCAUCGCUUGUCAAGAUAAUGUUGAUUUGUUUUUCAAACGCAGAGGGUUUGAACAGGCGGCGUGUAGAUUUUCCUUUUUAAACCUCUUGAUGUGGCUUAUUUAUGGACAAUUGAAUGUGAUGGAUUUGUGUUCAGCUGUUUACAAAGUUUUGUGUGAAACAUUAGCUGUGAAUAUGAACAUGUGUGCCCUCCUCUUGAUGUCACUGUUUGUAUAAGUGUGUGUCGGAGAGAGUUGGGUGUGCGCAUUUCUAUGAGUCAGUCUAACCUGCACUGGUUUCCGCUCCAUGUAUGGUGAUCCACACUGUGCUCUCUGUCCUCUCUGUCCUGCUCUGUUUUUCUGUCCUGUUUGACUUUAGUUGGUUCUAAAGCAAAUUAACUUAAAAACAGUCAUGUGAAGCUUUUGUUUAAUUUUUCUUCUUUUGUUAGAAUACAGAUAAAUGGAUAAUGUGUGUUUGUAAUGAAUAAGAUUUAAUUUAACUGUUCUGUGUGACAUUUAAUGCACAUUUAUUGUCACAAAAUUCUGAGUUUUUUAGUUGAUGCCCUUCAGUGGCGCUUCAGCAGCAGAUUUCACACCUUUGCUUACCUGCAGGAUAAGUUAUUUAAAGCACGGAUUCCUACUCAGUCAAGUCCACUCGUCUGUAUUCACCUGGAAAUGAACUCAUUCAAAGGUGCCGUCUGCUGAGUCAACUUUUUGUAGAAGUGUAGAAAACAGAUAUUCUGUCACAAAAGUCCAGUUAAUGAAUGCAUUUCCCUUUUUUGAGGAAUCACGUGGCAGAUGAGAAGAUGAGUAUUAUUCGUCAGUCCCAGCUAGAGAUUAGCAUAGUUUCAGGAUUACUUUUAUCAUAAAUGUUUCAAACGAAGCAGAUUUACUUUUACAAAGACCAGUGACUAAAAAGAUUAACUUUCCUGUUUGAUUUGUGUUUUUGUAACCUGUGUAGACUAGGGAACUUUUGAAAGGGACAUUUUUGUUUUUUAUCCUAGGUAAGCGUGCAUUGCUUUUGUGGUUGUUUUUUGGAAAAUACUGUUUUCAAACCUAUCAUGAGAUGCAUUUGUGUUUGGAGUAGAGAUGCAACCUAGUGUUUUUGGUUGUUGUUUUUUUUCCUAUGUUGCAGAUUUUUUUCUUAUUCAAUGAAUGGCAUAAAGAUGAAUUUCUGUCAUUUUUCUUUUCCUUAAGCUUUGAAUUGUUGAAACGUUGGCUUGCACCUUUUACGACCACAAGACGAACUGAUUUUUUCCUUCGAACAGAUCCAACAAAAAUGGACCUGCAGUGUGUCAUUCUCAAUCUUUUAUACUUUUUAGUUCUGUCUUGAUGUUUUUGAAAUUAUGAAUCCUCAAAACAGCUUGAGUUCAUACUGCACCAAAAAACACCAACAUUAGUUAUUAACAUUAAAAGAAAGAGAAAAAACAGAAGCACCAAAGAGCAGGCGGAUGAAUAGGCCGAGGUAUCCUUAGGUUGUGCUCACUUGGUGCAGUCAGUCAAACAUUAAAUGCUUGCUGUCAAGCAGAUAUAAAACAAAUCGGCUGAAUAGAAGUUUUUCACUGGCCGAUAAAUCGGAGCAUCCUUAGUUAGAAGUGCUGUGAUUUUUGUUUUUUGUGAAGAUUUUAUUUAAAGUACUUUCUUGGCCACAGCUUGAUGAUUCAGUUAGAAAACAGCUGCAAUUAAUAAGUGCUGCCAUUUAUCUGCCACCGUGGACGCCUCUCUCUCUCUCACACACACACACACACACACACACACACACCUCACCUCCCUCGCCUGUAUAUCUCUGGGAACUGUAGUCUUCUGGCAGCGAGGUGGGAUAUUCUGACUGAGAGCAGGGAGACUCACUGGGACUUAGUUGCCUUGUUUUUGACACUUUUAUGUGGAUGUCUCUGUGUUGUGUUUGUGGCCACAAUAAAAAAACUUGCUCUUACUUAAGCCGUCGUUUCUCUUUGAGCGCCUUCUAGUCUGAGUCGUCAUGGCUGUGCACUUUAUAGACCAUGUUGUGAUGUCCUUUUGUUGGCUGUUUAUGAGGUGCCUUUUUUUAUAACUUGAGCAUAAUUAAGUCUAAAUGAGGACCGCGGUCCAAUGAAAAGAGCCCA